AUGGGUUUGGAGGACUUUGAAAAGGAGCUUGCAGCGAGCAAGGUCAAGGAAGACAGGAAGAAGCGCGACAGAAGUCGCAGUCGAGACAGGCACCACCGCUCGGGCAAGCACCACUCCUCGCGCCAUCACCGCGAUGACCGAGAUCGAGACGUGCACCACCGAGACAAGCGGUCGCGACACCAUCGAGAUACAUCUGCAGAGCACUCGCAGCGAAAGCGGAAGGAGCGAGAGCGCAACGACAAGUACGAUGACCGAUCACACCGAAAGCACAACGACAGACGAAGCCAAUUUCCCUCCAGCGACGACGAAGAUCGCAUGACUCGAAAGCGCAAGUCGCAUCAAUACAAGGAAGAUGAGUCUUCUGGCGACGAGGUGCCCCAGGAGAAAGACUACGUCCCUCACGAUGAUGAGCUGCUGGACGAACAGAUUGAGAAAGCAACAGGUGCAAACGUGCAGCGAGACGAUUGGAUGCAGGCGCCAUCAACUAUGGAUAUAGACUAUGUCCAGAGAAAGAAGAGGGAAGAGAAAACAACAUACGUUGCAGCCUCCGCAGAGAAGCAACACGCCCUGAAAAUCCACAAGGCUGAGUUGAACCACCAUCUCGCCGACCUCGAUAAAGACGAAGGAAUAGCGACCGAGGAACCAGCGCAGAGAGAGGUCGACUACACAUUUGGAGACUCGGGCGCACAAUGGCGCAUGACAAAGCUCAAAGGCAUCUACAGAGACGCCAAAGAGACAGGCCGAUCAGUCGAGGAAGUAGCGUUGCAAAAGUACGGCGAUUUGCGCGACUUCGACGAAGCACGAGAGGAGGAGAUUGAGCUGGACAGGCGGAACAUGUACGGCAAAGACUAUGUUGGUAAAGAGAAGCCUUCAGGAGAGUUGCACGAGGAGCGCAGGCUGAAGGCAGGCAUCCACCGUUCUUCUCGAGAGGAUGACGAGAUGGAAGACAUGCCUCAAGGCCAGGCAGUAUCGGAUCCUCGAUCUACAACGAGAAUUAUCGCGCUCAGUCAGACAGACCUGAACAAGCUCAAAGCUCAGAUGAUGAAGGCAAAGCUGAGGAAGUCGCCAGAUGCAGCAAGGCUCGAGGCCGAGUACAACGCAGCGAUUGCGGGUUCUACCGGCAGCACAGACCGCGACGUAGUCGUGUUGAAUGCCAUGGACAAUCGAAUGCUGGCUGGAGGUCGACAGGGUGAAGUCAUUUCGCUCGAGAACAAACGCGGUGUUGAGCGAGGACUGGUCAAGGAGAACGAGGAUAUGACCAUCGAGGACAUGGUCCGACAAGAACGACGCACGAAGGGCCAGAAUGAGGGCCAGCUUCUUGCUGAGAAGAUUGGCAAGGAUGUCAAGUUCGACAACGACCUUGAUUACAUGGACGAGAACGCUACAAGACUUGCUGCUCGCGCCCCCAAAUCAUCCAUCAACCUCCGCAACGCUGCGAUCCAGGACUACCGAAAGACGAACCGCAUUCUCGAUUCGUGUCCACUUUGUCACCACGAAGACAAAUCGCCUCCCCAACCUCCGAUCGCCCCUAUAAUAUCUCUGGGGACGCGCACUUUCCUUACACUGCCCACUGAGCCAGAAAUCAGCGACGGCGGUGCGGUCAUAGUGCCCAUCCAGCAUCGUACCAAUCUGCUUGAGUGCGACGACGAUGAAUGGGAAGAGAUUCGCAACUUCAUGAAGUCACUUACUCGCAUGUACCACGAUCAGGGCCGCGAUGUUCUUUUUUACGAGAACGCUGCCAAUCCUGGUCGUAAAUUGCACGCCGCUAUGAAUGCGGUACCUAUUCCCUUUGAGCUUGGCGAGACGGCUCCCGCCUUUUUCCGCGAGGCCAUCCUCACUUCGGACAACGAGUGGAGCCAGCACAAGCCUAUUAUCGACACAUUGAAGGCUUCCAAGUCAAACCUCGGCAAGCAAGCUUUCCGCAAGAGUCUAGCGAAGGAGAUGCCGUACUUCCACGUGUGGUUUGAGCUCGAUGGAGGAAUGGGUCACAUCGUGGAGGACGAACGCCAAUGGCCACGUGCCGACCUCUUUGCACGAGAAGUUCUGGGAGGAAUGCUGGACAUAGGCAUUGAGGUCCAGAAGAGACAAGGCCGAUGGGUUAAGGGUGAUCGCAGGCCGGAGAGAUGGAGGAAAGGGUGGAGGAAGUUUGACUGGACUCGAGUGCUCACUGAAGGGUAG